UCUUCACCUUCAUUAUUUCUCUCUCUUCUGAACUCAAAAUCUCGAAUUCAGACUUGAGAAACAAUCUUCUAUAAUCUACUUAGAUGAUUGAUUAAUGGCGAUAUCAAGAGGAAUUUCAGGUCCUUCUUUGAGCAGAAACGUUCCUGCCACUAGAUUGAAUCUUGAAGGCCAGAUCUACGAAGAUGCAGAUGAUGACGAUGCUGCUGCUGCUGCUGCUAACGGUUCCUCUUUCUCAGAAGACUGCGAUGCAACUCUCAGGUUUAUUACUCAGAUGCUUAUGGAUGAAGAGGAUUUGGUAAACAAACCUUGUAUGUUCACCGAUAUUCUCGCUCUUCAAGCCACCGAGAAAUCUUUCUACAAAGCGCUUGUUUCAUCUCAUGAAGACAAUACUUCCAGUGAUUCUGGCUCUGCUUCCACGGUUACGAAUCAAUCCAAACCAUCCGAUUUGGUUCUGGAUGAGAAGAAUUUGCAUGAUUAUGUCUUGCAAACGGUUUUUAGGAAUUUCUCAUCUGCUAACACUAUUUCUCCCGCUCGCGACGAUGAUUCGCCAACUGGAUCGUGGAACAGGAGGAGGAGGAGAAGAAAAUCGCAUGAAGUAGACGACGAUGAUGAUGAUGAUGGUAAUGAUAGUGAAAUCGCUGGCCCGAGUAACAAGCAAUUGGCGAUGUAUCUAGAUGAAUCGGAUGACGAAUUGCAGGAGGCAUACGAUAAGGCUUUGUUAUGUCCGAUCUUAAACCCUCACCUCCAUCAAAACUGUGAUAAGACUGUUCAGAUUUGUCGGUCUGGGAUCAAAUCGUUGAACAGGUCAAAGUCACGCGGGAAGAAGACUGGUGGAAAAGGAGAAACGGUAGACCUGAGUACUCUUCUUGUUAAUUGUGCUCAAUCAGCUGCUAGCUUCGAUCUACGUAACGCGUAUGAGAUCCUAAAACAGAUAAGAAAUCAUUCAUCUCCUUAUGGUAACGGUACACAAAGAAUGGCUCAUUUCUUCGCGAAUGCUCUUGAAGCUCGUUUGGCCGGCACAGGAACUACUUCAUACGCAGCUUUCAUCAGGAAAAGGAUUUCCGCCGCAGAUGUAUUGAGAGGUUAUCAGCUUUAUGUAACCGCAUCCCCUUUCAACAAGGCAUCGAAUUCGUACGCGAAUAAAUCGAUAAUGAAGUUAGUAGGUAAUGCGGAUAGCCUUCACAUAAUCGAUUUCGGUAUCCUCUAUGGUUUCCAAUGGCCUUGUCUGAUUCAAAACCUCUCUUUCAGACCCGGAGGUCCACCCAAGAUACACAUCACCGGAAUUGACUUCCCUCAGCCGGGUCUCAGGCCAGCGGAGAGGAUCGAAGAGACUGGACGUAGACUGGCAACUUACUGUAAGAGAUUCAAAGUCCCAUUCAAAUUCACUUCUAUAGCUAAGAAAUGGGACGAGAUUGAAGCUGGAGAUCUCCUCCACGUCAAGAAGAAGCCAGGGGAGUUGUUGAUAGUGAACUCGAUGAAUCGUCUGAGGAAUCUUCUCGACGAGACUGUAAUCCUUGACAGCCCUCGAGACGCGUUGCUGAAAGUGAUAAGGAAGUUAAACCCUGAUCUGUUUAUCCAUGGAGAGAUGAUAGGAAUGUACAGUGCUCCCUUCUUUGUGACUAGAUUCAGGGAGGCGAUUUUCCAUUUCUCGUCGUGGUUUGACAUGUUCGAUACAGUUGUUGUUGGAAGAGAGAACAGGGGAAGAAUGUUGUUCGAAGAGGAGAUUAUGGGGAGAGACAUCAUGAAUGUAGUGGCUUGUGAGGGUUUUGAGAGAAUUGAGAGGCCAGAGACAUAUAAACAAUGGCAAGUCAGGAUUCAUAGGGCUGGAUUCAGGCAGCAGGAUUUGAACUGGGAUGUCGUGGAGGAGACUGCGGCUAAUGUUAAACGGAAUUAUCAUAAGGAAUUCACAGUGGAUACAGAUGGGAAGUGGAUGAUUCAGGGAUGGAAAGGAAGAAUCAUCUAUUGUGUCUCUUGUUGGAAGCCAGCAGAAGAAGAAGAUGCUCAUCAACAACUUCGAUACAACUAGUACUAUCGCAUCGUGGAGACUCAUAAUUCAGUGAUAAAGGACACAAAAACGCGUAUCUUGACGUCGGUCAUGGGUAAAAUAAAUACUACCUACUUGUUAUUUGUCUACUGUGUUUAUAUUUUAUUAUAAAUACUUAUUAGUCCAAACACUCCGUAGUGUUUGAGGGCAUAAUUUAUGUUAUUAAGAUUAUGAGUUCGAGUUUUCACAACCGGAUCACUUAGAGAAAAAAGGUUCAAAAACCGAACCAAUAACAUGAGCCUGUGUUCAAUUGCUUCUCCUAAUAGCUGUUCAAGUUUUCAUUGCUUGUGGCUUUGUUAGGGUUGGCAAUUAAAUAGUGUAAAUAAAUGUGUUUUGGUGCCAAAGUUAAUUGGCUAAUUGUUUAAUGGAAUUUCCAUUAUAGUAUAAACCUAA